AAGCCUUAGAUAACACUCAGUUUCCUAAAAUACCAGCUCAUAAAUUAUUACCAUGCCUUCUCCGUACUCACAACCCCAAACAACCUCCCUUCCCCACCUCUCCGAGAUCGUCAAACUCUACCCAGAGGAAGAACCAUGGUGUGCAGGUUACGCUCCAUCACGGGGUCGUCGCUGCCACGCAUCAACAAAUGCUCGGAACCGGAAAACCGCCUUGUACUUAUUAGACGAAGGGACCAAAGGCCUCCAUGCCGGACGAGACAUCAACAACCUGCUCGAGGACCUGGCUCCUUACGUUCUGUGCACACGGUUCCACCAGGAUCAGGCCUUGGAACUUGCUGCAAAGUGGAAGAGGCAGGUUCAACGAUUCUUGGGCUCCUGUAUGCUUCCUGCGCCUUCCCAACGAGCUGCCGGAGAGCGACAACGGAUUAGCUCUCUGGAAAGAUCUGGGCGAAGUGUAGACGUAGAAGGUUUCUAUCUGGAGAAAUGGCUCCAAGUCCUUAUUGGGGAGCCUGAACGUCUACGGACUACUCGAUUGGCACCAGCGGCUUCGCGACAACGUCUCGUCAAUGAGCGCGUGACCCAAACUGCAGAUAGACCGAGCGAGCUCUCUAUGAGCAGUGCACUUCCAACGCAGCAAAUAACGAUUAGAACAAGAGCAGUAGCCUACUCCCGAGCAGGCCCCCAGGUUGCCUCUGCUGCGGCAUCGAACCGUGGGCUGUCGAACAUACCAACGGCGGCUAUUCGCGCGACCUCCAAUCCUGUCCUCCCUGGUAGUGGCUCAAGAACCACUCGGUCCUCUACGACAUCCUCGUGUUCUGGUGAUACUACUCGCCGACCUAUUGAAGGAGACUGUAGCAUCUGUUUUGAUCCCUUGCAAAAGGCUCGCACUGGAACUGGGGAUGGUACUCGUCAUGAUACAGAAGACAAGGAAGAACAGCAGGAAUUAUCCUGGUGCAAAGCCCAAUGUGGAGUCAACUACCACACGAGCUGCAUUGAAUUGUGGUUGAAGACCUCCACUAAAUCUACGUGUCCGACUUGUCGGAGCGCAUGGAGGUAUUAGGGCUAAAUUGUCUUGUUUCAAUUUGUACACGUUAAGGAUAUUGUUUGGUGGGUCUGUAUACCUGAUCUCGAAUACCCCGACCAGAGCGGUCUAAAAGUUCGAUAGCAUCUUUCCAACAGACCCAUAUAUGUACUAGGCUUCAAAGGGGAGUUGCUACAGACAUAACAGCUUUUGCUACAGGCGCAACAACAUAGUUAGCAAAAGCUGCUAUGGUCUGCAGCGAUUCUCCAGUUUUGUUAUGCUUACCAAUACCCGAGGAAGGUGAAAGAGAAGAAAUGGGUUGACUCAAGUUAUUUUCGAAUCAUCAUAGCUCACCUAAAUUGUCUAUCUAAUUAAUUAUUGACACGCCUGUCCCUGCUAGUUAUAUUAUCUAAGCCUUAGCGAGCAAUGGGUUAAUAUAGGGUGUCGGUGCAUGG